CUGUUGCAUUUCACCUGCACCGCAGAACUGCAGAGUGCAGACCCCUCCCAAAACCCUUGCCUGCGAUCCCCCAUGCCGCAAUAGCCAUGAGCGCCGCCAGCUCUGACUCCGCCGCCGCCUCCAAGCGGCCGUUCGACCCCUCCCUUGCCGACCCCUCUCUGCCUUCCAAGCUCCAGCGUUCCUCCCAUCCAGACAUCUCGCCGGCGGAGAAGCCGGAGGGCGUCGGAGCGGCGGGGCCCGAAAGCGAGGCGAUGGCAGCCGCCCGGGUCCCUCGGGGGCAGCGGUACCUGGUGGCAGUGGAAUACGCAGGCACCCGCUUCUGCGGCUCGCAACAGCAGCCCGACCAGCGCACCGUCGUUGGCGUCCUCGAGGAAGCAUUUCACAAAUUCGUUGGACAGCCAGUCUCAGUCUUCUGUUCUAGUCGAACGGAUGCAGGGGUUCAUGCUUUGUCAAAUGUUUGUCAUGUUGAUGUGGAGCGGAUAAGUAAAAGGAAGCCUGGUGAAGUGUUGCCACCUCAUGACCCUGGAGUUGUGAAACGUGCAGUGAACCACUUUCUGCAGAAGAAUGAAGGUGACAUAAUGGUGACUGAUGUUCGUUGUGUCCCACCAGACUUCCAUGCUAGAUACAAAGCCCUAGAGCGCACGUACCACUAUCGUAUACUUUCUGGACCUGAGCGACAGUCAGUCUUUGAAAAAAACUCAGCUUGGCACAUACCUGAGGAUCUAAAUAUACAGGCUAUGAAGAAAGCAUGCGAUUUACUUGUCGGGCAUCAUGAUUUCAGUUCAUUCCGAGCAACUGGAUGUCAGGCAAAAUCUCCAGUGAGAACUUUGGAUGAGCUCACUGUUACAGAAGUAUUUCCUUUCAUGUUUUUUCCUUCAAGCGUAGAGCGAUCAGAGAUGGAAUCACCAGAUGGGUCUCUUGUUUAUUCGAGAACAUCACUCAUGAGAGCUUCUGCAGAAGGAUCUGAUGCUCCUAGUACUGCUAGUGGGAAAUCAGUAUCUGAGAAUGGACAAGAGUUUGGAAAGAGAUUAAGGCACCGCUGCUUUGUUGUUACUGCAAGGGCACGGUCAUUUCUCUACCACCAGGUACGAUUGAUGGUCGGCCUUCUGAAAUCUGUUGGGAUUGGAGAUCUAACAACUGCAGAUGUUGAGAGAAUUUUGGAUGCGAAGGCAGUGACUGCUGCACCUCCUAUGGCACCUGCUUCCGGUCUUUACCUUGCAAACGUGAAAUAUGACCUGAGUAUUUGAAGACUGAUUUUGUCAAAUGAAAUGUCUCUGGAGCUUCGAGUUUUUUAGCUGUUGGUUAUCUAGGAUCAGGUUUUUUUGGAUCACUGGCUAAACAAGGAGUGGAAAAAGGACCUACUGCGGAAGUGAACAUACUUUCUUAUACCUAGUUUGGAAUGGAACUGUGUCUCGUAUGAUAUAUUGAUGAACUUGAUGAAAGGAAGUGCACUUCUUAUUUUUCAUCAGUUUCUACCAUGUAUUGAGAUGAUCAGAUUAUUAGCCGGAUAACACUCUGGAUUACCUGCAAUGGAGGGUUGAAUUAUUAUCUAUACCA